AUGGUGAGCCUUGACCUGUUUUGGUAUGAAAUGAAAAGAUUCACAUUUCACAGUCUCACAGAUUUACAAUUUGAAGGUUCAAAAAAAUAUACCAAAAACAUCGCAAGGAGAACCGUGGAGAAAAUUGUUAAGAAAUUAAGAAAAACUGAAGAUGAAAAGACUCAUGAUGAAAACAUCGAAAAAGGAAAAACUUUAGUUAGUGAGAAGAUUCAAAAAAAGCAAACAAAAAAGUUGAUGAAGCAAGAUGAACCUGUUUUGAAGACACCUGAAAAGAAAACAAUACAAGAAAUGAGACAGAGACCAAUACCUCAAAAUAAGCAAACAAAAAAGUUGAUGAAGCAAGAUAAAUUUGUUUUGAAGACACCUGGAAAGAAAACAACACAAGAAUGCGAUGAAUUGAAAGAAAUGAAGCAAGUUUUUGAAAAAGAAUUCAAUUAUAAAAGUAAAAAAGAAGAUGAAACAAAUGUGAUGAAUGAAAAUGAAGAAAAACAUGAUGGGAAUGAAUCUGAGAAAGAUAAAGAUGUGAAUGAAUCUGAAAUACCUGAAGAUGGAAAAUGGAUGAAAAUGAGGUGGAUAGGAAUAAGGGUGAUGUACAAAAUAUACCAGCAAACAAAAUAA